AUCCACGCACGGAGAAGAAAAGUGUCAAACCUCCUCGAGACAUUUCCCAACCUUCAAAAUGUUCGGGAUGAAGCCUACUGAAGCUAUGCCGGGUGGCCGGAUCGUUCGGGUUGGUAUCAUAGGAUGUGGCAUGGUCACGCAAGUCGUCCAUGUGCCGUGUCUGAACUCCUUAUCCCAUCUCUUUCAGGUCACCUAUCUUUGCGAUGUCUCAGAGGAAGCUAUGAAACAUAGCAUGCUCAAGGUCGCAGGUAGCUCGAGGCCGAAGACCACACAAAGCGUCGAAGAACUCUGCAACGCGCCGGACGUGGAGCUAGUAUUGAUCGCAAAUAAUCAUGCUUUCCACGCCUCCGCCGCAGUUCUCGCGCUACAAGCAAACAAGUACGUCUUUAUCGAGAAGCCGAUUGCUUUGACGUUGCAAGAUACGGACCGCAUCAUAGCUGCGGACAAGGCUGCAGGUGGCGCGAGAGUAUUUAUUGGUUACAUGAGGAGGUAUGCUGCGGCUUUCGUCGACGCAGUCAAAGAGGUUGCAAGCAUUGAACAAAUCCGUUAUGCUCGCGUCCGAGAUAUCAUUGGGCCUAACUCGGUCUUCGUGGCUCAAUCCGGAACGUAUCCAAGGACCUUUAACGACUAUCGUGAGGCGGAUUCCGAAGCGUUACGUACGAAAAUCCAUGAUGACAUGGAGCAAGCCCUCCACGCCGAGCUUGGAAUCACUGUCACGAAGGAGACGGCUAUGAUGUGGGAGAUGCUCUCUACUCUCGGUUCACACGAUCUGAGUGCCAUGCGGGAGAUUAUGGGUAUGCCCAAAGGUGUCGUAGGAUUUUCCCCUUGUGCCACUGUCGGGUCCCCCUUUUGGAGUGCAAUUUUCCAAUACCCUAAUUUUGCGGUCGCAUACGAGUCCGGUGUUGAUCAGGUCGCAAGAUUUGACGCCUCGAUAGAGAUUUUUGGUGACACCAAGACCGUCAAGGUGUGCAUCGAUUCCCCGUUCAUCAAAGGCUUGCCGACAACAAUGGUAGUCAAGGAGACUUCACCGGACGGGUCAUAUAGGGAGUCUACUACCCGGCGGACAUACGAAGAUCCUUUCAUGCUCGAGUUGAAAGAGGUGUACCAAUGGGUCGCGGAGGGGAAGAUCCCAAAGACCACUCCGUCUGAUGCUAGACAAGACCUUGAGAUCUUGGGCAUGCUUAUGAAAGCUACGACGGCAUGAAAUACCUAACAUCUUCCAGUGGAAAGUAGACAAAGUAAUCACAAGUAAAGAAAG